CCUCAAAAAGUGCUUCAUAUGAGUCAACUUCGUGCUACUAUGAACCGACAUAACCGUUUGAAAGAAAUUGAAUUAUCAAUAAAGCAGUACAAGCAAAAUAAUGUUGCCUUACCAAUACUCAAAGAAAAUGAAAGCGAUGAUGUGUUUAUAGUAGAUAAUGAUUCGGAUGAUGAAGCAGAAGAAGUUAAUGAAGAAAAUGAAGUUAUUAGUAUUGAUAAUUGGAAAUCAACACACACAAGUGAGCAAAGGGGAACGCUGCAGGUUCCUUAG